AGUCCAUUUUAACAUCCCUUUUGCAAUCCAAUUUUUUGCAACGAGCGGCUGGCGUUCUUGGUAUCGUUGAGCAACAGGAUAGUGACAGGCGGGAGUAUACAAUACACGGGACCCCAUAUUAGACAGGAACCAGUUCAGCAAUACCAGCAACUCUUCCAUUAGUUCACGCAUUAGAUCACAGAAACAAGCAAAUUAGAAUCAAUGCACGACGCUUUCAAAGUCUAUACAGUCAUUGAGAAACUUCCUCAUAAGAUUGAGUCCAUCUUUGCACAAGGUGACAAGCUCUAUGUGGGAACAUUCUAUGGUGCAUUAUUGGUCUACUCGGUGAGAGAGCCAUUAGGCAAGGAUGAGGCCAUAUCGGUUACUCUCAUGGAGACCUUGAAAACAUUCUCAAAAAAGGCUAUCGAACAGAUUGAUAUAAUCAAGGCAGUGGGUGUCCUGGUUACGUUGUCUGACAACUAUGUGAAUCUUCAUGAUCUGGAAUCAUUUGCAUUGCGAACGCAACUUGGAAAAACCAAAGGCGCCAAUCUAUUUUCUGUGUUUUCAAAAAUCGAAUUUCAGGAUGGAUCAGUGCCACAAGUGAUUACACGGCUCGCAGUAGCGGUCAGGAAGAAAAUUAUUGUCUUUUCAUGGCAGGAUAGUGAGUUCAUGGAUACUAAGGAGUACUCUAUUCCAGACAGAGUCAGGACAAUGGAGUGGGUCGGUACUCAAAACCUCUGUAUGGGAUUCGAUAACGAGUACGCUCUCAUGGACUGUAAAACGAGCGCUCUGACGACCUUGUUCUCACCUAGCUCUGCAUCUAACCAAGGAGCUAUCGGAUCGACUCUGGAGAGCACCUUAAAUACAUUGAAUAGCUUCAGUUCCAUUGCUACUGGGGGCCUCAUGGGCUUCGGAUCAAAACCCGGGAAGCCGCUUAUCACACGUCUUCCAAACGAUGAAAUUCUUCUUGGCAAAGAACAUUCCAGCAUAUCUGUUGGAAUUGACGGAACGCCGAAACGCAAAAAUGGGAUUGAGUGGUCAGGAACACCUGAGGAAUUAGGAUACUCAUAUCCCUAUGCUGUUGCUAUUCUGGCCCGUCAUAUUGAGAUCAGAAACAUCGAGACCAGAGCCCUCGUACAAAGUGCAGACUUACCGCAUGCACGCCUCCUUACACAAGGAAAGCUCCUCUAUAUCGCGAGUCAUAGCGAAGUCUGGCGUUUGAUUCCUUACAGCUUCCCUCAACAGAUUGACGAGUUAGUUCAAAAGGAAGAGUACCAAGAAGCUAUUAGUCUUAUAAAUCAGAUUGAUCCUGUUUUGUUAGAUGAGAACGUUGAUACUCUUGGUCGUAUUAAGAAACUGUAUGCGCACCAUCUUUUCCGGACACAUCAGUAUGAGGAAGCCCUUGGCCUCUUUUUGGAGCUGGAUGUCCCUGCGGUAGAUGUUAUUGCACUCUACCCUGCAGUUAUUUCUGGUCAUUUGCCACCAAAGGAUAAAGAAUCUGGGGCUAUCACUUCGGCCACACUAACUGAGACGGACUCGAAUUCACUGAAUGCCAAAAAUACCCCGCCCAUCAUUAUGAGCACCAAAGAACUCGAAGAGGCUGUAGGUUGCCUUAUUAGAUUCUUAGCUGAUAAGCGCCAGAAGAUUCAAAAAUCAAUUCAAAAGUUGCAGCAAAACAAUGACUCGUUUUCAUAUAACCAUCAGGAUCAGGAAAAGGAGAUUGAAGCAAAGCUGCAUGUAUUGGAAAUUGUAGAUACCGCUCUUCUUAAGUCCUAUAUGAUGACUAAUGAGAGAUUGGUAGGAUCUCUCUUAAGAGUUACAAAUCACUGUAAUCUUGAAGAAACUGAAAGCUUGUUGCUAAAACAUAAGAAAUAUAAAGAGCUGGUUGACUUUUAUCGUGGCAAAGGACAACAUCGCAAGGCACUUGAGCUACUUAAAUCCAUUCAUACAACCACUGGAGAGAUGCAGGGCGUACUCCCAACAGUCCACUACCUGCAGAGACUUGGUGCGGACCACUUUAAUCUCAUCUUAGAGUUUGGAACCUGGAUUUUAGAAUCAGACCCGGUUGUUGCAAUGAAGAUCUUCAUUGAUGACGAGCCAGAGAUUGAUACUCUGCCAAGGUACAAGGUCAUAUCUUACCUAGAAAGGCUCUCCUUGGAUUUAUGUGCCAUGUAUUUGGAGCAUGUUAUUCAUGAGCUUGCGGAUCAAACAUCAGAGUUCCACAAUACACUUGUUGUAUCAUAUCUCUCCCAAGUUCAACGCGACUCGGCAUCUGGAAAUGAAGAAGCUGUUAAGAACACACGAGUUAAACUGUUGCAAUUCUUGGACAAGUCGAAAUUUUAUAAAGCCGAGCGCAUUCUGAGUCGCCUACCAUUGGAUGGGUGCUUUGAGGAGAGAGCUAUUUUACUAAGUCGUAUUGGGCAACAUGAUCAGGCAUUGAACAUUUAUGUGCGCAAAUUACAUAAUUUCCAAGCAGCAGAAGAAUAUUGCAUUAAAAACUUUGACAGCAAUAAUCCAACCAAAAAUGUGUAUUUUAUGCUACUUGAAGUAUACUUAAUACCUCCUAAAGGCGAGAAGCCGAUGCUCGAACCUGCUCUAGAUAUCCUCACCCGACAUGGCAACCAUAUCGAUCCAGCCGCUGUUCUGCGUUUGCUUCCAGCAGGAACUCGCGUGGAUCAGCUUUACAAGUUUUUCGAGAAGUCGAUUCGUGAAAGUAACAAGACAAAACAUAUGAACAUGAUUGUCAAAAAUUUACUUAAGGCCGAAAGACUCCAGACACAAGAGCAACUCACAUUUUACCGAUCACGAAGGGUUAAGAUAACAGAGGACAGAAUGUGUCCAAAAUGCAAUAAGCGUAUUGGGAACAGUGUCUUUGCGGUUUUCCCUGAUGGAGUUGUGGUGCAUUAUUCAUGCAAAGAAACAAUGGCCGCCAUUGGUCAUUGGCGUACGGGUUAGAAAUAGUUUAAUUGUUGAUGCUAUUUGAAUAGUCCAUUAAAAAGAAAAGGCCUUUGUAAUGGGCAAAACAAACCCUUUACUGAAGUGUGUUCUACUUGGGAGGCUUAGAGCAAGGACUCAGGACUGGAUAUGGUUUUAUUCAAGGUCUGGUCCCU